AUGGCGUCUGUUGGAGACACUCCACAGGUUCUCCAUAUGCCGGAAGACACCAGCGACGAGACGGAUACAUCAAAAGAAAUUAAGAAAUAUCCGCUCGCAUCGACCUCUUCAAGAGAUCCGGAGGAUCAGAGCAAGUCACCCAUCGUUCCCCAACAACACGAUCAUCUUUCCGAAAAGCGAACUCUCAGACGAGAACUCUGGAUCAAAAGGAAAAAAUCCCAAAAAGCUACACUCAAAAUCAAAACCAAUCAAACUGACGAGCGUAUAAGGCCCGGAAAAUACCGCAGAUUCUGGGCUUUCAAGAUGAAAGAUUUUCGUCUCCGUCUUGCCUUCAGGCAAAAAUUACUCUUUUGCUUACUCAUUGGGGUUGUUUAUGUGCUGUUAUCCUAUUUCCUCAUCGUUCAGCCUGUUUUUAGCUGUGUCAUGAAAGUGCAUCUUGGCAUGUUUUCCGGCCAUGGCAACUUCUGCAGUAUCGUCCGCCAUAUAGUCUGGAUAUAUAUGGGGGUAGGAGGCGGGUUCAUGCUUCUGACGGCCUUUUGCGCUGUCAAAACUCGCUAUGCUUCUCGUUCUUUCGAAGAACAUGACACUCUGAUCAUCAUGCACGUCCCCUGUUACAACGAGAAUGAAUACGUGCUCCGUAAAACGAUUGACUCAUGCGUUGCUUCCACCUACGCAAAAAAGCGCAAGCUUCUCUUCAUUGUCGCAGACGGCAAAGUUGCAGCUCCCGGCCAUAAACCAACAUAUCAAAUCUUGCUAUACGAUAUCUUCAAUCACAAGGCAGACUUGGAAAGUGGAAUCGACGCCGAAGCGCGACAUUACUCAUCCUUUGACGAAAACGGCACUUCGGACAAUUAUGCUUUUUGUUGCACCGGCUACUUUCGUGAAGUGCCUUAUGUGGUCGUUGUCAAGGUUGGGCGAGCUGAUGAGCAGAGGAAUCCGAAACCAGGUAAUCGAAAUAAACGUGACUCUCAACUUCUAGUCUACAAUUUCCUUUACUACGUAAAUUAUCAUCAAGAAGGAGGAAAAGAGUCAGCACCGCCACUCUUCGAAACGAUCGAUUUUCAAAUGUGCAUGCGUUUGAACAUGGACGCACGCCAUGCGAUGUACAUGCUGGUGGCCGACUCGGAUACCGAGAUCGAACCGACAGGUAUCUCAUAUCUGGUCCAUCAAUUGGAGAAAGACCAGAAACUCAUUGGCGUUUGCGGAUAUACGGGGGUCAGCAACCCCGUGGACAGUUUCGUGGCUUGCAGUCAAGUCUUUGAAUACUGGCUUACCCACGCCAUCCUAAAAGCAUUAGAAAGCGUAUGUUCCAACGUCUUGGUGCUCAGUGGCUGUUUUACCAUUUAUCGACUCAAAUGGCCAGAGAACAAUAAACCUGCCAUACUAUACUCAGCCAUCUUGGAAGACUAUUCCGGCAAUUACGAGAAGACCCUGCACGAACACAAUCUCCUUUCGAUUGGCGAAGAUCGUUAUCUCUCAACUCUAUCAAUCCGAUACUUUGGCUCACAAUGUCGACAACGAUACUUCUCAGCUGCAGUAUGCACAACCACUGCCCCGGCCAGUUUAUCUGUAUUGAUUGACCAGCGGCGCCGAUGGACCAACUCUCUUAUCCACUGCCGUUUUUCGCAUCUCAGCAUUCUCCCCUUUGAGGCUUCUUUCUGGACUCAAUUGAUGUUGGUGCUUAUGAUUGGCAGCGAACUCUUUAUGGUACUUAUCUUGCCUCUCGCGUUGCCUGCUGGCUUCGUUCUUGCGGCUAUCAAUCUGUUUUUAAGUCCCUUAGCCUGGCCCAUACUCCUUGCAUUUUGCCUGAUUCCCAUUGCGCUGUGCAUUCUGUGCAACGAUUGGCGAUAUAUUCCAUUUUAUAUCCCGUUCUUCCCAUGA